AUGUCGGAUAACACAGAUGAUUACUCAUAUGAUUAUGAAUAUUUAUAUAAGAUUGUUUUAAUUGGGGAUUCAGGAGUAGGUAAGUCUAAUUUAUUGUCUCGUUUUACCAGGGACGAGUUUAAUUUAGAAUCGCGUUCGACUAUUGGGGUUGAGUUUGCUACAAGAACGUUGGAAAUUGAUGGUAAAAGAGUCAAGGCCCAAAUUUGGGAUACCGCAGGUCAAGAAAGAUACCGUGCUAUUACAAGUGCCUACUACAGAGGUGCAGUAGGAGCAUUAAUUGUGUACGAUAUUUCGAAGGCUGAAUCAUACGAAUCAGUUUCAAGAUGGUUGAAGGAGUUGAAGGAACAUGCUGACGCCAACAUUGUUAUCGAGCUCGUUGGUAAUAAAUCGGAUUUGGACCACUUGAGGGCUGUGCCAACCGACGAAGCCAAAAACUUUGCUAACGAAAAUAACUUAUUAUUUACCGAAGCAUCUGCCUUGUCUUCUGACAACGUUGAUUUGUCGUUCCACCAAUUAUUGAAAAACAUUUACGAAAUGAUCAGCAAGCACCAGUUAGAUACUAAUGAAGGUUCGAAUGGUAACAAGCCAUCAGGAGGACCAACUAUUUCUUUGACUCCUGCUCCUCAAGAGAAGAAGAGUAAGAAUAACUCGAACUGUUGUUAA